AGCUCUAACGGCUACUGGCCAAUUCGUGUAGAUCCAGUGAGUCAUCGUCAAGCACACAAAUCGUUCUUAUCUCGUUAAACCCGAAGAUGGACCCACGGAUUCAGGAUGAUCUCAACGACGUCCUUCUUAAGAGGGAUCACGAUUCCGUCGACGAUUUCGAACAUCUUGGCCACGACGGCUCUCCAGACGAUCGUUCGGAGCAGCAGCAGCAGCAGCAGCAGCAACAACAGCAUCUGCCAUCGCAGCCAAUUGACGCGCCACGUGUCGAUGAUCUGCUACACAUCGGUGAUUCUUUUCAUCCACUGGACUCGGCAUUACCUAGCGCGCUUCUUGACGCCGAAGCGAAACCCGUACCGGCGACACCGCCGCCUUCCGCGGACUUCGAUAAAUGCGCGGCCAUGGCGCAGUCGUCGGAUCCGUUUCAGCAGCCGCUGGACCCGGUCGAUCCCAAGCUAGCCAGCAUGACAUUCGUCGAGACCGAGCGGAUCUAUCAUCAUCAACUUGAUGAUGAUGAUGAUGAUGACGACGACGACGAUGACAACAAUGAUGACAACGAACAGGAAGAGAUACUUCUCCAACCGCCGUUGUUAUCGACCUCGACCGCGACUACGACCAUUCAACCUGAUAGCGACCUUUUACUGUCAUCGUCGAUGAAACCUGUCGACAGUAAGGUUCAACCGAUCGAGGAACGCGAGGAUACACUGUUUACCAGAAAGCAAUAUGAGCGUGAUGUCACUCCAUUGAGCACCAAUACCGACGAUUUUAUGCAAAACAUCAAGUCGUCGAUGCUACCGGCACCGGAAAAAUCACCAUUGAUAGAUUUCCUUGGAGAUGACAGCGAGUUAUUGAAGGAGAACAAAGUUAAGAAUAUUACGGAUGAUGACUCAUGGAAUGUGAUGGAGAAAAUAGACCUGAAGCGAGAACAGGCGAAGGUAUUCGAUCCGCCAACGAAACCGUUGCCUCCAUUACCUAGAGAGGCACAGCUCCUGGAAAAGGCACAUCAGGACGUGUACGAAACAUCGAGUGAUUUCUUAAUCGCGGAGACUACAAAGCCGUCACCGACGCUGCCGCAGCAGACAACCGAUUCGAAGCAGGAGAGUAUCAAACGACGCGAAAUACUAAAACCCAAAGAAACCGAUUAUGUCUCUACUCGCCCAAUCAGCAAGAAGCAAGAAAUUGAAAUCGCGCCAAAGGAAAUUUUCCGAGAUAUGGGAUUAGACGCAUGGUUUAACCCUGAAAGACUGAAUCCAAAAGUGGCAGCUCUGAUAUACUGGCGCGAUCCUAAAAAGUCAGGAAUUGUGUUCGGCACGAUACUGGGUGUACUUCUGUCAUUGGCCUAUUUUAGUCUGAUUAGCGUGCUGGCUUAUAUGUCACUUCUUGCUCUUAGCGGUACCAUUAUUUUCCGUAUCUACAAAACGGUUCUUCAAGCAGUUCAGAAGACCUCGGACGGCCAUCCAUUCAAAGACAUUCUUGAUCUGGAUCUGACAUUACCAGCUGAGAAAGUGCAUGAAGUCGCAGAUGUUGCAGUUGCACAUGCUAAUGCAGCUGUCAGUGAAUUGCGCAGACUUUUCCUCGUUGAAGAUUUCGUCGAUUCUCUUAAAUUUGGCGUUUUGCUAUGGUGUCUCACUUAUGUGGGUUCUUGGUUCAAUGGCAUGACUCUUAUUAUAAUUGGAGUGGUUGCUCUUUUCACACUGCCUAAGGUUUAUGAAACGAAUCAGGAGCAGAUCGAUCAGAAUUUGGCCUUGGUGCAAACAAAGAUCAGUGAAAUUACCACCAAAGUGAAGGCAGCAAUCCCUCUUGGCAAAAAGACUGAGCCAAUAAAGGAAGAAUACGCCGUCAUGUCAAUUCCGAACAGCGAUCAUGAAAAGAGAAAGCAGAUUUCGGUGCGUGGCAUCGUUGACGUUGAGAACGUUGGGAACUUUAAGAAGACCUUUAACAGGCAUCUUCACUACACCCUAGUGAAGGAUCGUAAUGUCGCCACAAGUCGCGAUUAUUUCUUCGCCUUGGCCCACAGUGUCAAGGACAAUCUCGUAUCACGAUGGAUUCGCACCCAGCAGCAUUAUUACGAGAAAGAUCCUAAGAGAGUAUAUUAUUUAUCUUUGGAAUAUUAUAUGGGAAGAUCGCUGCAAAAUACAAUGAUCAAUUUAGGGAUACAAGGAGCAUGCGACGAAGCUAUGUAUCAGAUGGGUUUGGACAUAGAAGAAUUGGAAGAACUUGAAGAAGACGCCGGACUCGGUAACGGAGGACUUGGCCGUCUAGCUGCCUGCUUUUUAGAUAGUAUGGCCACAUUAGGUUUAGCCGCUUAUGGAUACGGUAUACGUUAUGAAUAUGGUAUAUUCGCACAGAAAAUAAAAAAUGGUGAGCAAAUAGAGGAGCCCGACGAUUGGCUUAGAUAUGGCAAUCCUUGGGAAAAAGCUCGGCCAGAAUUUAUGUUGCCAGUAAAUUUUUAUGGCCAUGUAAUUGACACUUCAGAGGGCAAAAAGUGGGUGAAUACGCAGGUUAUUUUUGCCAUGCCGUAUGAUAGUCCAAUUCCUGGCUACAAAAAUAAUGUUGUUAACACAUUGAGGCUAUGGUCCGCAAAAUCGCCUAUAGAAUUUAAUUUGAAGUUUUUUAACGAUGGUGACUAUAUACAGGCGGUGAUUGAUCGUAAUCUAGCAGAAAAUAUUUCUAGAGUCCUUUAUCCCAACGAUAAUUUUUUUGAAGGCAAAGAACUCAGAUUGAAACAGGAAUACUUUAUGGUAGCUGCUACUCUGCAAGACAUCAUCCGAAGAUAUAAAGCUAGCAAAUUCGGCUCAAGGGAGCAUCAUAGAACUGAUUUUAAAGCUUUCCCUGAUAAAGUAGCUAUUCAACUCAACGAUACGCAUCCAUCCCUAGCUAUUCCCGAGCUGAUGAGAAUCCUUAUCGAUGUUGAAAGACUCUCUUGGGAGGAGGCUUGGGAUAUUACAACACGUACAUGCGCCUAUACAAAUCAUACAGUUCUUCCCGAAGCAUUAGAAAGAUGGCCCACCCAUAUGUUGGAGAGUAUUCUUCCAAGGCAUUUGCAGAUCAUUUAUGAGAUAAAUUACUUGCAUCUUAAAAAUGUCGCAGCUAAAUGGCCUGGCAAUAUGGACCGUAUUCGUCAAAUGUCCUUGAUAGAAGAGGAAGGUGAAAAAAGAGUUAAUAUGGCUCAUUUGUCAAUCGUUGGUAGUCAUGCCAUAAACGGAGUUGCUCGUAUUCAUUCAGAAAUUCUCAAAGACAGUGUUUUCCGAGACUUUUACGAACUGACACCGGAGAAAUUUCAAAACAAGACAAACGGUAUUACGCCGAGAAGAUGGCUGCUACUUUGUAAUCCAAAUCUAUCCGAUAUAAUUGAAGAAAAAAUCGGUAGCGAAUGGACAGUUCAUCUAGAACAAUUGGAGCAAUUGAAGAAGUGGGCGAAGGAUCCGGUAUUCCAACGUAACGUUGUUAAAGUCAAACAGGAAAAUAAAUUGCGACUAGCUCAAACAUUAGAGAAAGAAUAUGGCAUUCGGGUUAAUCCGGCAUCUAUCUUUGAUAUCCAGGUGAAGCGUAUACACGAGUACAAACGACAAUUAUUGAAUUGUUUACACGUCAUCACUUUAUACAAUCGAAUAAAAAAAGAUCCGUCUGCUCAUUUUGUUCCGAGAACUGUGAUGAUAGGUGGUAAGGCAGCGCCAGGUUAUCAUCUGGCGAAGAAGAUCAUUAAACUCAUCUGCAGCGUUGCUAAUGUUAUCAAUAAUGAUCCGAUCGUCGGCGAUAAGCUCAAGUUAAUUUUCCUUGAAAAUUAUCGCGUGACUCUGGCCGAAAAAAUCAUACCAGCCGCUGAUUUGAGCGAGCAAAUUUCGACUGCUGGCACCGAGGCGUCUGGCACUGGCAAUAUGAAAUUUAUGCUGAAUGGCGCAUUGACCAUUGGUACUUUAGAUGGAGCAAAUGUAGAAAUGGCGGAAGAGAUGGGUAAUGAAAACAUCUUCAUUUUUGGUAUGACAGUGAUGGAAGUAGAGGCUCUACAAAGAAAAGGUUAUAAUGCAUACGAUUAUUAUAACAAAUUACCGGAAGCUAAACAAUGUAUCGAUCAAAUCCAAGGAGGAUUUUUCAGCCCAAAUAAUCCUGAUGAAUUCCGAGAUAUCGCUGAUGUAUUGCUUAAGUGGGAUAGAUUCCUACUCUUGGCUGAUUAUGAAAGUUAUAUAAACAUGCAGGAUCAUGUUAGCAAAGUCUAUCAGGACGAGAACAAGUGGGUAGAAAUGGCUAUCCAUAACAUAGCAUCAUCGGGAAAAUUCUCAUCAGAUCGUACAAUAGCGGAAUAUGCGCGCGAGAUUUGGGGUGUUGAACCGAACUGGCAGAAACUCCCGGAUCCACACGACCCUCGUGAUAUUUAAAUAAAUUCGUCACUAUUUUUUCAUAAAAUAUCUCGAUAUUGUCUGUCUUCUUUCAUAACUACUAAUAUCCUCCUGUCGUAAACGAUAACGUUUAGGACAUUAAUGCCAAAAUAACCAUAAUUGCACAAAAUAGUAGGAAUUAUUAUUUGCAAGUAUACAGAAUGUUCCAAAAUUCGCAAAAUACCACAGUGAAAAAGUCUUCAAAAAAUUAAAAAAAAAUUAUUUGUAAAUUUUUAUUUUAAACAAUAGUUUGUGAAAUAAUUAUGAUUCAUAAUUAAUAAAUUAUGGCACAUAAGAUCAAUUACUGUUUAUACUUGUUGAAAUGUGCGCAUAUUAAUACGAACAUGCGAUUCAUAGACAGAUGGUCGAAAUGUAAUUUGUAAGUGGCUAUAUUUAAAGUUUAAAUAUAUAAAUAAAGUGUUUAAAGUAUAAAUUUUAAACCCUUAUACCUUUGCAAAAACUAUUGCUUUAAAUAAAAAUAUAUACAACUUUUUUACUUAAUUUUUUGAACACUUGUGAUAUUUUGAUUCGCGAAUUUCAAAACACUCUGUAUAUAUCGCGAUAAUUUCUUACAAUGUACUAUAAAUAUUUACAGAAAUAAGGGCUUUUUAAAUGUUGCCUAAAAUGGCACAGAUAUUGCUAGAAUCUUUUUAUGUUCACCUUUUUUGUGAUGAAACUAUAUGUAGUGCAGUACUCUAGUUACUAGAGCAGAACUGGGCGAUGUCUGCACAUUUCAACCGAUUUUCAGCUUGGCUCCCGCCCCUUAUCUCAUUAAUCAGCAUGCAGUCUAAAUGCCGAUUGGCAUUCAACCAAAUUGAAAAUCGGCCGAAAUGUAUAAAUAUAUAGCCUAGCUUUAUAUUAGAGUACUAUUUUUUUGUAUAUAGAAUUCAAGAGUGAUUUUAUCGAUAAUAAUAUCAUCUGUAAAUUAAGAGUACGUUCCAUUUUGGGCUUGCUUGCUAAGCUUCAUUUGUCCUUGUUUAAUGUUUGGUAGAUAACAAGCAUGAACUGAUGCCUACAGCGUGUAAACAGAACGCACCCAAUAUAGCAUCUGUUCAAAAUUAUCAUACACAUCAACGAGUAGAAAAUUUAUGAAUUAAAAUUGAAGAUUGGAUGAAUUACAUGGCACAAAUUCUAGAUAUAAAUAAAUUUAAAUUUAGAUUAAAUUUUUAUUGACAGAUUAAGAACUAUUAUAUACCUACCUACACAGAACAUAAUAUGUUAGAUAUACUCUUUGAGUACUAGGGAUAUCCAUGAAUUCCUAAUCAACAGCCAUUAGAUAGAUCUACAUAUCCAAAUGUCCCAUUUGAUAUCUUGAAUUCUUCUCUCUAUCUAAUUUUAAGUAUCUACGUUAUCCAAUGGAUAUUUACAUAAAUAUUUUUUUAUACCUCUAGCAACACAUUCUAUAUGCUAUUAUAUGUAUCUAGAUGUCUAUUAAUAGUUGUCCAUAUGGAUAUGUGGAUAUUCAUUAGAUGUCUAUUAUAUAUUUUGUUCUAUGUAAGUAGUUCUUUUCAUAUGAAUGAAGAUAGAUGAAAAGACUCAAUAAUUCCUAUUAAUGAAAGGAUUAGAAAAGUGCAUGAUAUACUGACACUAUAAACUUUCCUGUAACAUCGUACGAUUAUAUGAGUAUAUCUAUUUCAGAUAUCGAAUCAUUCUGAUCGUGUUCAAUAUAUUUUUUAUUGUGUAUGAUUCAUUCAAAAGUAAUUGAUAAAAAUGCCUUUUCAAGAGUAACAGAUUCUUAAUCUUGAUACGCGAAAAUAUUCGACAAAACACAAAAAAUGUAAUGAAUUAUAUGACUGUCUUCUAUUUUCAAUAUUAAUAAAAGAAAAAAAGAGAAAAA